CUAGGUUAGCUAUCUUUAAAAUUGUUGAGGCAUAAACCCAGGACUUUAACACAAACACUCUGUUCAAUCAAGAAAAACACAAUACAAUGGGUUCGAAACCUUGCUUCAUUGAUAAACUAGUAGUUCCUGGUGAUGUUGUUUUGGAUCUUUCCAGCAUGACUAACCAAACGAUUAAACUGGGUGGCGGCCUCCAACAGGACCAUGACGCUGUAACUGUCGUCAAAGCAGGUAUUUUGAGAUUUUCAAAGCCAAGCAAGUACUGGAUUGAAAGCUCACACAAAAGAUAUAUACCUACCGUGGGGGAUGCUGUCCUCGGAAUUGUGGUGGACAAAAGAGCAGAUAGCUUUUAUGUGGACAUAAAAGGGCCAAUGAUGGCAUUCUUGCCAGUGCUAGCAUUUGAAGGAGGGAAUAGGAGAAACAUACCCAAAUUUGAGGUAGGUACUCUAAUUUAUACUCGUAUUGUCAAGGCCAACCCAGGAAUAAACCCAGAGUUAUCGUGCAUGGAUGCUUCUGGAAAAGCUGCUGAGUUUGGACCCCUUAAAGAUGGCUAUAUGUUUGAAUCAUCAACUGGUUUGUCACGGAUGCUGCUGAGCUCACCAACAUGUCCAGUUCUUGAAGGUCUUGGAAAGAAGCUAGCUUUUGAGAUAGCUGUUGGUUUAAACGGCCGUGUGUGGGUAAAUGCUGAGCACAAAUCGUCAAUCAUCCUUGCUGCGAAUGCAAUAAUGAACUCUGAGUCCUUGACCCCAGUGCAACAAAAGAUUAUGGUGGAGCGGCUGCUUGACAGAGUAAAUUGAACUGGAUUUAGCAUUUCGACCAUAUAGCCUCUAGCAGCCAAAUGAAGUGAUGGAUAAUGUGAUUGUAACCAGACCGCGGAACAUAAAUGUGACACAAGUAAAUUUAGCUUCUUCCUCGUGGACUUUUGGCCUGCGUCCUUCCAGUUCUUCGCUCAUGAAACCGUCCUGCUUGUUUAUGUGAUUCUGGUGAGAGUAUAGAAAAAGGAUGUAACAUUAUUAGCAGAAUUGAUUUCCCAGAGGAUUGUCUAUGCAAGCAUUUUGUCCAUGGUGUUGUAUUUAUUCUUCAAACCAAUCUUCUGUCCCUCUUAACAGAUUUGAAUUUUUCAGCAUAUCAGUCUCACUUUUUUUUUUUAUUUUUUAUUGUGGUUUCUGUGUCAGCCUGCAUGGACCUUGACUCGUUUAACAAGAUACAUGUUACCUUUACCAGCUCAGAGAAAGGGGGAGCAAGAAAA